CGGCGCCUAAAAAGGGUGCGGUGCACGCUAAUCGCCAUACUGGGCGAACGUGACCGAAGACAGAGCGAAAAUGAGUACUAGAGUGUGUGUCAGAUCGAAGCUAUUUUGCUCAUAACAGAGGUUUUAUUUUGACAGUGUGAUCAGCGAAUGGGCCGCGCGAUGUCCAGUACGCUGGCCAAGCCCUGAGGGAAACGGAAAAGCGUCGAUCCGUGCGCGUGGCCGCGUAAGAUCAGAAAUAUCGCGGCUCGGGUUUCUCAGCGACCCUCGAGUUGUCGUGCUGCAUGUGUCAUUUGCGAGGUGCUAGAAGGUGUAUCGUAGCCCGUUGUCACUGACCCGUCCCCUCGCGUAACGUUCACGUGUGUAUCGCUGGUUGUGCGUUUUGCGGUGGAACAGAUGCGACAUUGAGAUAAACUCCCGGAAUUAUAUCACCGAUGAGUUUGGCCGCGUUGCGCUCUGUUCGGUGCUGCCCCUUCAACUAAUCGCGUGUGUAAUGCCCGGGAGUCGCUCCAGCACGGACCCAGAGCACAAGUCACCGCGGGAAAGUGGUGAAGAUUCAGAAGAUGAGAGUGAAAUCCUGGAGGAGAGCCCCUGCGGGCGGUGGCUCAAACGCCGGGAAGAGGUGGAACAACGCGAUGUACCAGGAAUCGACUGUGCUUAUUUGGCGAUGGAUACAGAGGAAGGAGUCGAAGUUGUUUGGAAUGAGGUGCAAUUUUCUGAAAGAAAGAACUUUAAAGCGCAAGAAGAAAAAAUACAACUUGUAUUUGAAAAUCUUACACAGUUGGAACACCCUAAUAUUGUUAAAUUUCAUAGGUAUUGGACAGAUACCCACAAUGAUAAACCUCGGGUCAUAUUUAUAACUGAAUAUAUGUCUUCUGGAUCUUUGAAACAGUUCCUAAAAAGAACAAAACGUAAUGUGAAAAAAUUACCUUUGCAAGCAUGGAAACGCUGGUGUACUCAAAUACUUUCUGCAUUGAGACUCUGUAACCCCUGCCAUCGACAUUUAUUCGUUUGGGAUGUGCGCCCUGGAAAUGGCCGCGCUGGAGAUUCAGGGUAACGGUGACACCGGCACGAUCGUCACCGACGACAACGUGCGGAAAACGAUAGAGUCGUUGGACGACGCCCAACAGAAAGAUUUCAUUCGGAAGUGUCUCCAGGUAGACCCGCUCAGUAGACCAAGCGCGAGGGAGCUGCUCUUUCAUCCUGUGUUGUUCGAGGUACAUUCGUUGAAACUGCUCGCUGCCCACGCGCUGGUCAACUCAGCCACCAACAUCUCGGAGACGAUAACGGACGAGGUACUGCAAAGGCUCUACGGACCUGAUACGGUAGUCGCGGAAAUUAAAUACCAAGGUCGGCCACCGCAGCAAAUUCGACUGAGCGAUAUUCCCGUUACAGAGAAGUUGGAGAAGUUCGUGGAGGAUGUAAAAUAUGGUAUAUAUCCGCUGACAGCGUUCAUGGCGAAAUUACCACCACCUGUACGACCUCGGGCGAUAUCGCCCGAGGUCACCGAAUCGGUGAAAUCCGUCACACCGGAACCGGUGGACGUCGAGUCUCGAAGAGUAGUUAAUAUGAUGUGUAACGUUAAACCUAGGGAAGAAAGUUGUGAAUUACUUAUGACAAUAUUAUUGCGAAUGGAUGACAAAAUGAAUAGGCAAUUGACGUGUCCUGUGAGUCAAUUAGAUACUUCGAUGCUCCUCGCGCAGGAGCUUGUACAUUUUGGAUUUAUUAACGAGAACGAUCGUGAUAAAAUAGCAAAUUUAAUCGAAGAGGCAUUAAGGAGUUGUUUUAAUAAGCAAAUGAUGAAACCAGGGAUGCUGUCGUUAACGAAUCUUCCCACCCAGACUACAUUACUGCUGCCUGGCCCGGAAUUUCCAUGCUUGCAACACUUUGAUAACUCUGUGUAUAAUGCUGCAACAUCUCAUAGUGAUAGUGUAAUAACUAACCCGCUGCCAAAAACCUCAGGUCUCCCCGUGUCGAGUAACACGAGCAGAAGUCACGAUGACAUGGAACCACCGUCGAACGUCGAGAGCGGUAGUUAACUAUCCAGGAUAUCUGGUAACUCAGUUCACUGUGCCACUUUGCACGCUCUAUGUAUAGACUGGCUAUGUAUUUUUAUAUUUAAGUAAAACAGGAAGAAAGAAUGAAAUUAAAUGAUUGAAAGAGAACGAAAAAGGAAAAAGAAAAAAAAGGGUGCCGUGGCUAAAGCUCUAGGCUGGAAAAAAAAAAGAAAAAAAAAAGAG